UAUUUGUGUCUGGGAGACGGAGCCGUCAGCUGUGGAGGGUACCGACUCUCUCUCCGGUCCUGGUGCAAAAUAAAGACCGAAAAAGGCCAACGGAUCCUCUGUGACAGGACAGGAGAUGGACAACAGCAAACGGACUGUGGUCGUUACAGGUUUUGGGCCAUUUGGAGAGCACACGGUCAACGCCAGCUGGGUAGCAGUACAGGAACUGAAAAAGCUCGGACUGGGCAGUGAAGUAGACCUGCAUGUGUCCGAGGUUCCUGUGGAGUACCAGACAGUCCAGAGUCUGGUUCCGUCAUUAUGGAAGAAGUAUCAUCCGCUGUUGGUAGUUCAUGUUGGAGUCUCAGGUAUGGCCACCACUGUCACGUUGGAAAAGUGCGGCAGAAAUCACGGCUACAAGGGCCUGGACAACAGCAGCUUCUGUCCUGAUUCACAGUGUUGCAUUGUGGGAGGCCCGGACUGUAUCAACUCAGUUAUUGACAUGGAGUCAGUCUGUAAGAGAGUGACCUCCUCAGGGCUGGGAGUAGCUGUGUCAGUCUCCAAAGAUGCUGGAAGGUAUCUGUGUGAUUUCACCUACUACACGUCUCUUUACCUGAGUCACGGUCGCUCUGCCUUCGUUCACGUGCCUCCUCUCGGAAAGCCUUACAGCGGGGAAGACCUGGGCCGUGCGCUGCAGGCCAUCAUCCAGGAGAUGCUGGAGCUUCUGGACCAGGCAGAAGAGAAGAUCAACUGCCAGCAGCACCACUUCCUCUAAGUGACCUCCAGAUGCCAACCAGCUUCUCCAGCCCUCACCACACAAGAGAAAUUGCACUUAACCACAAGUAGCCAAACUUCUUCUUUUUUGUUGUUGUUGUUGUUGAUUUUACUUGGACAAAAUGAAAACUUCAAUGUAGUGUUUGUUUCUCUUGUCUUGGGUUUUUGCUUUGUGUUUUUCCCUGUCUUUCAGCUGUUUUAAUGUCUUCCAGUGGUGAGAAGAUAAAAUAGGAGUCUCAAGACAACCAUCAGUCACUUUGUAACGUAAGCUUUUGUCCCUCCACCUUCACCUUCAACAUAAAUAUCCGAUUUUGGGGAUAAAAAUAUGUGAAAAACAUUCACAAAAUUUCACCACAUUUGUUUAUAUGCAGCAGAGAUGCAGAAGGUCUGUAAUAUGGCAGAUGUUACAACCUGUAACCUCAAGUGUGACUCCUAUGAAUGCACCUUAUAGGGUUAGGGGUAUUAAAAUGGUUAUAGGGGUCACAUUUGGGGAGAAAGUUGAAUGCACUAUACAGUAUUAGACUUUCAUAAGACUUCAUCCUCAAAUUCUGAAUUUCUGUCAAUAUUUUACUGUCACAAAUGUUAUAUAAAUGUUUAAUGUAAAUGUUACAUGGUCAAGUAGAAAUGUUUUUGCGGUAAACUGUGUUUGCUAAUUUCAGUUUUCCUUUAGUUAGCUUUUCCCAGCUGCUCUAGAACCUACCUGCUGUUUCACACUUGAUGUUGAAUUGUUUCGUGAGUCCUUUUUCUUUAUAAGAAGUUGUAAUUUUGCCUUCUUUACAAAGGUUAUUUAAAUCAGGGAACGGGUUGGUUCCAGCUCAUUUUCCCCCAGUUUGAUGGCCCAAUUCUGACAGAAAACCCCACAAAUCCACCUCGCUGAGAUCUGGCCCCCAGGCUGUGCAAUGUUAUUUACAGAUCUCAAGGUUAGUCAUUUUAGGUUAAUCAAAGUUGUAUUAUGGCUACACAUUUAUUUGACAAAAGAUUGAGUAUUGUUUUUUACUACCACAGCAAUUUCCAGAUUAAAUUAAACUGAAUUUUCUCCGAGGGAAUUAUGUUUAAACGUGUACUCAACAAAAUACACAAUAUAAAUUGUAUUUCUCUAAUAUUCUUUUCAAAUAACUGAACAAACGUGUUAUUUCAACGAACUACUAAUUAUUUCGAACUGUGUAUAAAACCUGCAAUUUUUGUCUUACAGACCCAAAUCCUAAAUUUCCUUCUGCAGCUGAGCAGCCCUAAUUGUUAUUCCUUGAUGAAAGCUUUCCGUUGUUCCCUUCAUUGAAUCAGAUAUAGCUGCUUAUUUUACCUGAGGAUUUGAUUUGAUGAAGUUAGACUCUCGGUUCAGUCAGAGUUGGGCCUAUAAUUUUAUUUCUGUUGCACUUUCUUUUUUCUUUUUGACAUUUUCUGUAAUCUGUACUAUGGACAGCAAUUUUAGCUUCUUAAAUCCUUGCAUUUUUUGUUUUUAUUUUCAGUCACUUUAACUUGAAAUAUUUAGCUUUCCAGACAUACAGGCAUCAUUUUUAAAAACCCCCCCCCCCCCCCCAAUGAUUAGAAUUGUGCAUGUGAGGUAUGCUUUAUGGGUGAUUUUUGCUUUAUUUUUCUGUGCUUUGUUUUGUUUUGACCUGUUUAACAAACUGUGUCUGUGAUGAUGGGUCUCCCAGGUGUAAAGGUUCUGCUUUUAUUGGAUUGUAACCAAAUCCAGCUUCAGUUUGAUUUUUUUUCUUAGUAGAUUUUUUAGCAGUGAAUGGUCUGCAAUCUGCUUCAGCACCCUGUGUGUCCCACAAAAAAAAACCAAUUUGUCUGUGGGAAACACGGAUAUAGUUGUAAACGGUCUUAGCUAGUCUUAGGAAACUAACACUGAGCUUAGUACUGCAGCAGAAGUGGGUUUUUUUUCAUCAGCUAAGUUAGUGCCAGUGAGUUUGAGUAAUUUGGCAUAUUUUUAGCAGUGUGUGUCAUUUUAAUUACUACUCAGCACCACAGAUUCUACCACAAAGUAGCAUCCUGAGGCACUGAGCUAAACCGAGCUGAACUUAUUCUCAGACCUAAAUAUUUAUGUUCUACAUACUGUUUUUGAGGUUUAAGAAUCUCUCAUGAUGGGCAGAUUGUAGUUCUUGAGUUCACAGGUGCUGAUAUUUUACUAUGUGGCUCUCUGAGUGCUGAGAUUUGAAAAGGAUGUGGAGAAGAUGCCCCUAAAUGUUCUCUCACAAAAGGGAAAGCCUCAAGUUUACAUAUAUGAGGUGACCUCUGACCGGACUCUUUCCUGUGCCUUGCUGUUGUUUAUGUGUGUUAUGAAAAGGCCUUAAAAUACCCAGCGGGUCAGUUCAAAGAUAUAUUACUGAUGCUGUCCAGUCAGAUGUGUGGCUACCUCAAAAAUACUUUUUUAUCUUGGUGUGUGCUCUGUUGUACAUUAACAUUAUGGCUCUGUGAUUUAUUGUGAGUUUCUCUGUCUAGGGAGACUCCUCUGAAAGGUGUCGUCUUCUGCUUCUGACAUUAACAAAGCACCGUUACAAUAAGUAAUCUCAGCUUUGACAAAAGGAGAGGCUUUGAAAUAAAGAGAAUUAAAGGAUUACAA